AUGACUUACAAAGAGGCUCGAGAAGCCUGGAAGUGGGCAGACAACGUCGUGCUGUCAAGUGACAACGUCCUGUACUACACGGGUGUGAGCAGAAGAAAGGUCGAUGAAGCCCAGCCCGAGAUGUCGCUGAGACUUGUGGUGCCAAUCACAAUGAUUCAAGAGGUGCUGCCCAACUUUCAUGACUCCAUUGAAGGAGGGCACCAAGGUGUCGUUCGCUCUUACCAAAGAGUGAAACACGACUACUACUGGAUCGGUCUCUACACAGAGGUGGAGAAACAUGUGAAUUCAUGUCUCGACUACAGCUCGAGUAAGAGUUUACGGCAGUUCAAAAGAUACUCACUUGGCAAUGUGCUCGCAGAGCGACCAUUCCAGAUGAUGUUAAUGGAUUUUGUGAUCCCUCUGCCGAAAUCUUCUAAAGCGAUGUCGGAUACCGAUGUCCUGACCGUGGCCAAGGUGUUCGAGGAAUGCAUCUAUAGACGAUUUGGUGUUUCGUCUCUCAUUCGUCACGACCGAGACCCACGCUUCAUGAGCGAG